CUCACUGGCAUUGUAACGUCGCAAUGGAUUUUCCAUGGAUCACCUGAAGUUCGCUGAGAGGAAACAUAUAAGAAUCAAACAACGCCCGGGCAGCAGUUCUACAACUGCGACGAACAUAUCUCCAUCAAAACGCACUUCUCAAUUUCCAAUGCCUCAAUAUCGAGCCUUCAAUGGGAAGGUUUCGUGCAAGGUUGCGUAUAUUGCCGGAAAUAUACUCACCCUCUUGGCAACACAGCGUGGCUAGAUGAAUCCAAAUGCAGACUCAAGUUCCGACCAGACAGGAACCGUACAAGACUCAUAUAAGAGCGCGCAGAAUUUCUCAAUCACUGCAAGUCAUUCUUUUUUCGGGGAGAAUAGGUUUGUGUAUUGUUGAUUAUCAUUAAGUCAGAAAAGAAACAUCCCAAGGAAAAACCAAUAAAGAAAACCCGCCGCACACGAUGCAUCUCCCUACCUCACUCUACGCACUAUGCAUCCUAGCACUGAUCCCUCAGGCCCGUGCAGACUGCAGAGAUUACGAGCAACCGACCAAGUACGUAAACGGAACCCUCACCUGCAGCGAUAGCCGCACGCCCACGUCUGUCGCUGCGUUCCAGGGACAUCUACACCAUUCGUGCAGGAUGGCGUGUGAGAAGCCGCUUCCGUACGACACUGGCGAAAAGUACGACGCGCUGGUCGUCACGGCGACAGGGCAUCAGAACAGGACACUCGAUAUGGGCGAGUGCUUCGGCGUGGUGGAGAAGAUUGCGAAUGAGUGUUGGAUUCGGAUUCCGGAGUUACAGUUCAUCGUCGCCAGAGGUGGUACAUUCAUUACAGACGGGGGUAUCAAAUAUGACGUAUUUGGAAAUCGUCAAUAACGAGAAGUCUGUAGAGCUGAUGUCUAAUGCUUGGGGAAGUCGUGCUCCAUUGGAUCGUGGGAUUAUUCGACAUGAUGCUGAGCUGCGGCGGCAUUUCUCUGCAUUUCUCUUGUUUUGCUUCGUGUGACAGGAGGUGUCAAGGCGUAAGGAGCUGGGUUCGGAGCUUCGACGGGGGCGAUUGGCGUAUGCGGGACGGCAUGCUGUGGAUUGCUGAGUGGGAUUCCUGGGAAUAAAUCCACAAGCAUCUCUGCUGCAGAAGCACGGUGAUCCGGGUCGAACAUUGCCAUUCUCUGGAUCCGUGAUAGCUCCCCACCGGGAGAAGCUACAAGUCGAACUAAACCUUGCACAACCGUUGCAGGUUGGCUCUGAUAAUAAUUUUGAUUCUGACGAAAU